GCUGGAAGGAGACAUAGGAGAUUUCAGCUGCUACAUUCCAAGCUCUGGGUCUACCUUGGAGACAGGACAGCACAGAGUCAGUGUCCAGGAAGGGACUUCUGGGUCAUGGGGCCCAAGACACCCCCACAGCUCGCUGGGAAAUGGCAAGUGCUGUGCAUGUUGUCCUUGUGCUGCUGGGGCUGGGUGUCUGGGCAGCUUCGUUACUCAGUGGUGGAGGAGUCUGAGCCGGGGACGCUGGUGGGGAAUGUUGCCCAGGAUCUAGGCUUAAAGGUGACAGAUCUGUUGAGCCGCCGACUGCGGUUGGGCUCUGAGGAGAAUGGACACUAUUUUUCCCUGAGCUUGAUGAGUGGUGCUCUGGCAGUGAAUCAAAAGAUUGACCGAGAAAGCCUGUGUGGAGCCAGCACCAGCUGUCUGCUGCCAGUGCAGGUGGUGACUGAACACCCCCUGGAACUAAUCCGUGUAGAGGUAGAGAUCCUGGAUCUCAAUGACAACUCUCCUAGGUUUGCCACCCCUGAGCGAGAGAUACGCAUUUCGGAAUCAGCUGCCCUUGGGGCACGAUUUCCACUGGAUAGUGCCCAGGAUCCAGAUGUGGGGACCAAUACUGUGAGCUUCUACACUCUAAGCCCCAGCAUCCACUUCUCUCUGAAUGUGAAGACCCUAAAAGAUGGGAAGCUGUUCCCAGAGCUGGUGCUAGAGCAGCAACUCGACCGUGAAGCCCAGGCAAGACAUCAGCUGGUACUCACUGCUGUGGAUGGCGGUAUCCCAGCCCGCUCAGGGACCACCCUCAUCUCUGUCACUGUGCUGGACAUCAAUGAUAAUGCUCCAACCUUCCAGUCCUCAGUUCUACGUGUGGGACUCCCUGAGAAUGCACCCAUGGGUACACUGCUGCUCCGCCUUAAUGCCACUGAUCCAGAUGAGGGCACCAAUGGCCAACUAGACUAUUCUUUUGGAGAUCAUACAUCUGAAGCAGUGCGGAAUCUCUUUGACCUAGACCCUAGCAGUGGAGCAAUCCAUGUAUUGGGUCCCAUAGACUUUGAGGAGUCAAGUUUCUAUGAAAUUCAUGCAAGAGCCCGUGACCAGGGACAGCCAGCCAUGGAAGGCCACUGUGUGAUUCAAGUGGAUGUGGGAGAUGACAAUGACAAUGCCCCAGAGGUACUACUGGCCUCUUUAGUCAACCCUGUCCUGGAGAACACACCAGUGGGCACAGUAGUGGGAUUGUUUAACGUGCGGGACCGAGACUCAGGGAAAAAUAGUGAAGUGAGCCUUGAUAUCUCUCCAGACCUGCCAUUUCAGAUUAAGCCUUCUGGGAACCACUACUCACUGCUAACCAGCCAGCCCUUGGACCGUGAGGCCACAUCCCACUAUAUCAUUGAGCUGCUGGCCAGUGAUGCAGGCUCACCUCCCCUGCAUGCACAUCUCACCAUCAGGCUCAACAUUUCAGAUGUUAAUGACAAUGCACCCUUCUUCACCCAGCAGCUCUACACUGCUUACAUCCCAGAAAACCAGCCUCCAGGCUCCCUUCUCUGCACUGUGGCUGCCUCUGAUCCAGACACUGGGGAUAAUGCCCGCCUCACCUACUCCAUUGUUGGGAAUCAGAUUCAGGGAGCCCCAGCCUCCUCCUUUGUGUAUGUCAACCCUGAAGAUGGGCGGGUCUUUGCCCAGCGUACCUUUGACUACGAAUUGCUGCAGAUGCUGCAGAUCGUGGUAGGGGUUCAAGACUCUGGCUCUCCUCCAUUGCAUGCCAACACAUCUCUGCAUCUGUUUGUCCUAGACCAGAAUGAUAAUGCCCCAGCUGUGCUGCACCCAAGACCAGGCCAGGAACUCUCAGUCCCCCAGCGUCUCCCUCGCUCUGCUCCUCCUGGCUCCUUGGUCACCAAGGUGACAGCAGUGGAUGCUGAUGCAGGCCACAAUGCAUGGCUCUCCUAUUCACUGUUGCCACAGUCCACAGCCCCAGGACUGUUCCUGGUGUCUGCACAUACUGGUGAGGUGCGCACAGCCCGGGCCUUACUGGAGGAUGACUCUGACACCCAGCAGGUGGUGGUCCUGGUGCGGGACAAUGGUGACCCUUCACUUUCCUCUACAGCCACAGUGCUGCUGGUUCUGGAGGACAAGGACCCUGAAGAAAUGCCCAAAUCCAGCGACUUCCUCACACACCCUCCUGAGCGUUCAGACCUUACCCUUUACCUCAUUGUGGCUCUUGCAGCCAUCAGUCUCUUAUCCUUAGUCACCUUCACCUUUCUGUCGGCUAAGUGCCUUCGGGGGCAUGCAGACGAGGAUGGGGGUGGGGGCUGGUGCUGCAGGCGCCAGGACUCACCCUCCCGGGACUUCUAUAAACAGUCCAGCCCCAGCCUACAUGUGAGCUCAGACGGCACGCUCAAGUACAUGGAGGUGACGCUGCGGCCCACAGACUCGCAGAGCCAUUGCUACCGGACGUGCUUUUCACCAGCCUCGGACGGCAGUGACUUCACUUUUCUAAGGCCUCUCAGCGUCCAGCAGCCUUCAGCCCUGGCGCUGGAGCCUGACACCUUCCGGUCCCGCUCUAACACGCUGCGGGAGCGGAGCCAGGUGAGGGGCUGGGCGCGACCCCUGAGGGCGGCAAUGGAGAAGCCGCCUCAUAAGGGACCUUGAACUUGCAUCCACAACUCUCCGGCGGGCGGGCUCGUCCGCUAGCUGCGCUCCACCCGAUUGUCGGGACCCUUUGGACUGAUUGCGUGGAACCAGAGAUGUAGCCGAGGCAGGGAUGGGGCUCUGAGCCCUGGGAGGUGGUGGUGAUUGUGGGCGAGGGGGGUAGGACCGACCCCCGCCCCCACACUCAGAAACAGCUGGGGCCUGGCGAUGUUUCUGGCGAUUUCCGCCUGGGUCGGGGGUCCCGGGUGGAGGCAGAUCACGCCUGCAGCAGCCUCCUAGGCUGGGCGCCGGCCUGCUCCCCCGGUCUCUAGGUUUCUUCCUACGUUUAUCCCCUGUCCCUCGAUCUGUGACUUCGCUGUUCUUCUCACCCUCCUUAUUCCUACAUCAAACAAACGCAUCUGUGGACAGGACACAGGUGCACACGCAGGGCUCACGCGUGUCCUCCCCGCAGAACACACCCACGGGCCACACCCAGCGCCCGGGCUCGCCGCGCCUCACCUGCACACACGCGCGCCUCUCGCGCUUGGCCUUACACGCACGCCGCCUUUCACGGCCAGCCGCUGGUUGCCAGGUUCACACGCUCGGGC